CAAACAUCUUCACGUCUCCCAACUCAGGUACCUGCUUUCCUUACACACCAACACACAAUCCAACCCACCCACAACACCAUUACCAGCCACCACCGCUCACACCACUCCCACAGAUCGCGUAAUCCAGCAGCACCCCUCACCAAAUCGCUGCCUACGAUACGCUUUUCCAAUCUCCACAGGCAGAGCCAUGACCGAUCGACCAGCCUGCCACCUCUUCAAGCAGACGCGCAUCAACCUUGACUGGGCCGAGAAGAGAUCCACCACCGUAAUCGAUGUCCCCCUUCCGCACCAUGCCGGGCGGUCAAGCAGGAGCUUGAACGUGAGGAAGAAGAGCAAGCGCCAGGAGCACCCCGACACGGAAGAGAAGUUUAAGAUUGCGCACCAUGCCAGCACGGCGUCGAUCUACUACCGGCCUGCCGACCGCUUUCCGCGCAGCAUCCUGUGGCGGGUAGUGGAGGACUCAUAUGUGCUGUCCGUGGCGGCGGUGGACUUUACCAGACCGGAGUCGCAGGGGGAGUUGGAGACUACGUUCAGGUUUUACUUCCCCGAACAGAUACAGCCGGGCACCGUGGGUUUCGCGGACGCGCCCAAUCGCGACGAGCUAGUGAUAUAUGCGUUGACGCGCGACGGUGUGCUAUACACGCUCGACCUGACUCCGGAGUUCUUGCUGCGGAAUUCGUUCCUGAAACGCGGCUCGCAGUCGACUGACUACUGCACCACAUACUGCCCGUCGACGUUCACCCUGCACUCGCCGCACUUUCUACUGUCGAUCAGCAACCUGUCUCUGAUCGUUCCAUUACAGGAUGGCAAUAUCCUCAAGCUGGACAGGGAGCACAAAUCUAUCGCGGAGAGUUCCGACCCCACGGUUGCUAGUUACACGGAGAAGACGUUCAGCGACAGUGGUUAUUUCGGUUUCCUGAAGAAUAGGAUGCCCUGGGUUGGGGCGGGUACCAUUCAAUACGGUCACAACAGCGUUACGCACUCUACCGUCGUUUCCGCAGUUGCGUACCAUCCCACGACCAACCGACAGGAUGCCAAACCAUUACUGUUCACCGUGUCCGUAGAUCACUCAUUGAAGGUUUGGUCGUUGGAACAAGGGACCCUUAUCCGCGCGACCGACCUUCUCAACGAACCGCAAUCUGCACAGGUCAAGAUGAAGACAUGGCUGGACCCUGCGCCAUCCCAUCUGUUGGCAAUCAUCGACAAGUCGUUCCAGCCUGACCACAGCUUCUACCUUGUGUCGUUCUCUUCUGCUGCGACUGGCAAGUUCAAGUUCUGGGCUGUGUCGAAGUACACGGGUGAGGGCGACCACCUGGAAGGACAGUUCAAGAACCUGGUCGACUUGUACCCAGAGGAUACCUUCAAUGCCAGGCCGCCGAGUGUCACUGCUCCCUGGAUAAUAUCGGAGUUCAGAAUAACUCCGGCCUCGACAGAGGGUCCCACCAUCUUCGACCUCUGGGUUCUCUGGAAGAGCGACACAAACUUCCAGGUCCAGAAUGUCCGGUUCGACAUCUCAGAUGUCAGAAAUACCUGGGGCCAGUGGACAACGGCAACAUCUGAUUCCCUACACAACCCUCCGAGACCGGCAACUUACUCGGAAACCUCUGAGGAUGUCUCGGAGCACUGGAUGAAGUGGAUAUUCUAUCCUGGACGCUUUCCGGAUACGGUCCUCGAAUCAGCGCUUCGAAUUUACGAAAAUAACUUUCUCGUACCCAGCACAGCGAGCACGACGACUGAAACAGUUCAGGCCAGGAUUGCCAAGAUAGUUGGUGCAGCGGUACGGAUCGAGAAGGGCGGGGAGGAUGAGCAGUUGAAAUACCGAAACGAGCUGGAUCUGCAAUGGGACCGCUUUUCUCGGCUGUGCAUAGAACUGGACAAGCAGCGGAGAGAGGCGCUGUCACUUGUUUCCGACCCGCUGUCCGGAUUCGUGUGGACUGUGAACGUCGAUGGAAUCACCGCACUUCGGGAAUGCACCGAAACCGAGGUGAUCUGGCACAACCUCGCCACGUACAAGAACAGCCUCGACACACUCUCCAACCGGACCGCAAAGAGAUUAGGAGCGGGAUUGAAGGGUACUGAACUGUCGGACGUGAUGACACUCGUCUCUGCGGCCAACGAAUUGAGUGAAUCCCUGACGGAGUCUGCGAUCGAUGCGUGCAUGAUGAGACUACAGCAGGAGACGAUCAAGGACCCAAUGUACGCCGUGUCGGACUUGAUGUGGACCUUUUACGAGAGAUGUCUCGAGCAGGAAGUUCCGCAGGAGACUUAUGACAAGAUCGAAGAGCUCUUUGACGCAAUGCAGGAUCCAGAGGCGGCUUUCCAGUCGCUGAUGGCCAGUCUUUACAACCAGCCAGACUCACAUGCUGGUCAGUCAAGACUGACUUCAUUCGGCGCAAAGGUGCUGGUGGGAGGAUCGCAGGAGGUCAUCCAGGUCAACUACGAGAUGCUCUCGCAGCUGGUAUUCUUGUUGGUCUAUGUAGCCUUUGCGGACGAGACGCGGAGGUUCGCGAGAAUAUCCAGCCCGGAAGCCCUCUACGGCCGCCUCCUUGGGUACGUUAGGGAGUACGAGGUUCUGGGUUGGAUGGCACGGACUUCUGCACAGUUGGCCCUGCCGUCCACCGCCUCCCCGACCGAUGACAUCUCCCGGGCGCUGACAGAUCUUCACGUCUCCGGAGAGAGCACCGUUGUGCGCCACGGCAAGCGCGGAUCCGUUCUCCAAUUGGUGUUGCCAGACAAUUUUGGCCCGUCGCUCUACGGAUCUGGUCGUCAGGCUUCGGUAUCCCUUUCUCUCUGCAUACGGAGGUUCCUGGCCAACCUCGACCUGUUCGACCGUGGCAAUGGAGUCACGAACGUUGCUGCAGCUCUGAUCAAGAUCAACGCUGGACCUGCGGCAGAGUUUGCGAAGUUCCUGCCGCAGACCCCAUGGGGAACAUACAUGAAGGCUAGGACCCAGUUGAAGGCCCGUAGCUUUGCGAUGGCCUUGGCUACUUUCAAUAGAGCGGCUUAUGGGAUGUCGAUUGCGCCUAGAUCGGCUUACUCGGCGGUUGAUGUUUUCUCUGCAGAGUCAGGUGCUGUUGGGUGUGGAUUGGCACAUUACCAUCUGCACGUUGGUACUCUAUUCGAGGAGGAAGACGCCUCCGAAUAUGUUGUGGAUGCUUGCAAUGCUGCCCUUCUGGAAGUCGGCGAAUCGGAGGAGACGCCGCUCACUUCGGAGAUCUUGCUAAAGUACUUCCGCGCGGCACUUAAGGUCAGCCUAUUCGACGAAGCCUAUUUGGCUCUUGCCCAAUACUCUGACGAAGCUCUGCGGCAUGCGGGAGUUCGCGACUUGGUCACGGCUAUGGUCACGCAGAAUAAGGGAGAGCGACUUUGCUCGUACCCGUGGAUCGGAUUGCAGGACGAGGUGGAUGAUGCGCUGAAGUACAAGUGCCAACAAAUCCUUGACGUUUCUGCCGGUCCGCCGUUCCACAAGGUGCUUUACGCUUGGCGCAUCCAGAGGGGAGAUUAUCGCGGAGCGGCAUACAUCCUCUACGAAAGACUGCAGCGAUUACGCACCGCGAACGUUGGCUCCAACGAUCCCAACUCUAGAGUCGUUGCGGAUGGAUAUUUGGCCUUGAUCAACGUCCUCUCGUGCGUGAGUGAAGAUCAGGCCUGGAUACUAUCGGAAACGCGGGUCGAUGCGGACGGUGUUGCAAGUGGUGGAAAGAGGGCGAAGCUAGAUGGCUCGCGGACAACACACAAGCGCGAAGUCCUGACGCUGGCUGAUAUUAAGGCAGAGUACCAGACGGAAGUGGAGAGGGUCGGAUUACUGCUGAAUGGAGGGUUCUUUGUAUAAUCAAUCGAUUUCUUCUUCUGUUGUGUAAAAUCUGGGCAGGGGUUUCCAUAGCAUUUAUUCACUCACACGGGGUUUUUUUGGAGGAUGGAUGGUUACAAGUCCGACUGCUGAUAACGAGGUUUCUCUAUUUUUUAUGUUUGUUUGAUGGGUUUACUGGGAGUUUUAACGUCAUGG